AUGGUGACCUCCGGCGUCAUCUACCAUGUCCUCCGCCUCCUAUCUCUCCCCGUCGACAUCCGCAACAUUUGCGUUCUCCUCGCCCCUGCCUUCUCUGGCCUGACAGCGCUUGCAAUGUACCUCCUAACGUCGGAAAUGUCCUCUUCACCGUCUGCGGGUCUACUGGCUGCCGCCUUCAUGGGUAUCAGUCCAGGCUAUAUCUCAAGAUCAGUGGCAGGCAGUUACGACAAUGAAGCCAUUGCUAUUUUCUUGCUUGUCUUCACGUUUUUCCUAUGGAUUAAGGCUGUCAAGAAUGGAUCCAUCAUGUGGGGAGCUCUGGCUGCGUUGUUCUACGGCUAUAUGGUUUCGGCCUGGGGUGGCUACGUCUUCAUCACGAAUCUUAUCCCCCUCCAUGCGUUUGUCCUCAUCCUAAUGGGUCGAUACAGCUCGAGGCUCUAUAUCAGCUACACGACAUGGUACGCACUAGGAACGUUGGCAAGCAUGCAAGUACCAUUCGUCGGAUUUCUGCCUGUGAGGAGUAGCGACCACAUGGCAGCGCUUGGGGUAUUUGGCCUGCUGCAACUUGUUGGGUUCUUCAACUUCCUCAGAGAGCAACUUCCCGGCAAGCAGUUUCAGACUUUGCUUGUUGCCUUGGGCGGAGCAAUUGUCGGUCUCAUGUUCCUGGCUCUCGUUGGACUUACGGUAUCGGGGGUCAUUGCUCCCUGGAGCGGCCGCUUCUACUCACUUUGGGACACCGGCUACGCAAAGAUACACAUUCCCAUCAUUGCGUCAGUGUCGGAACACCAGCCUACCGCUUGGCCUGCCUUCUUCUUCGACCUCAACAUGCUUAUUUGGUUGUUUCCAGCCGGCGUCUACAUGUGCUUCCGCAACCUCAAGGAUGAGCACGUCUUUGUCGUCAUCUACGCCGUUCUUGCGAGCUACUUCGCGGGUGUCAUGGUGCGCCUCAUGCUCACACUGACACCAGUGGUGUGUUGUGCCGCAGCUCUGGCCCUCUCGCACAUUUUAGACACUUACCUUUACAUCCCAACACCUUCUGAGGAACCGGCCGAUGGAAGCAACGGAUCGGCCAAAGCCAGCAAGGUCGCGGCAAAUCCAUCUCUGCGCUCGAUACGGAACCCACUGAUCGGGAUCUACUCCAUUCUGUCGAAAUCCGUCAUCACGUCCAUGAUGACAGGCUUCCUCCUUUUGUUCGUGGCUCACUGCACAUGGGUGACCUCAAACGCGUAUUCGUCGCCUUCAGUCGUCCUGGCAUCAAGGCUCCCGGAUGGAUCUCAGCACAUCAUCGACGACUACCGAGAGGCGUAUUACUGGCUGAGACAGAACACGCCACAGGAUGCAAAGAUCAUGUCUUGGUGGGAUUACGGCUAUCAGAUUGGAGGGAUGGCCGACCGCCCGACAUUGGUCGAUAACAACACGUGGAAUAACACCCAUAUCGCCACUGUCGGCAAGGCCAUGAGUUCCCGAGAAGAGGUCAGCUACCCCAUCCUUCGGCAGCAUGAUGUCGACUAUGUCCUAGUCGUAUUCGGCGGUCUCCUUGGCUACAGUGGCGACGACAUCAACAAAUUCCUGUGGAUGGUCAGGAUUGCGGAGGGCAUCUGGCCGGAAGAGGUCAAGGAGCGAGACUACUUCACCGCGCGUGGCGAGUAUCGCGUCGAUGAGGAGGCCACGCCCACCAUGAAGAACUCGUUGAUGUACAAGAUGUCCUACUACAACUACAACAACCUGUUCCCGGCUGGCCAGGCGCAAGAUCGUGUUCGAGGCUCCACCCUCCCUGCCCAGGGUCCUGAAUUGAGCACGCUGGAAGAGGCAUUCACUAGUGAGAACUGGAUCAUCCGUAUCUACAAGGUCAAGGAUCUAGAUAACGUCGGCCGUGAUCAUCAAAGUGCCAUGGCUUUUGAAAAGGGCCACAAGAAGAAGCGGAAGCUUGGGGCUAGAAAAGGUGCCCGGGUGCUGCGGGUUGAUUGA